AUGGUCAUUCAUAUGCAUCUAGGGGAUGAGACAAGUGUUGAGGUGGUAGAGUUGAAGAAGAGUCUGGGAGAGAAGGGAGUUAAAUUGGAGGGAUUAGAGAAAGAAAUUGAUGGGUUGAAGAGUGAGAAAGUUGAUAGUGAGAAGAAAGUGAAGGAGUUGGAAAGAAAAGUUGGGACUUUGGAAGUGAGGGAAUUGGAAGAGAAGAGUAAAAGCGUGAGAGUUGAAGAGGAAAUGAGGGGAAAAAUUGACGACAAAGAGAGGGAAAUUAGUGGGUGUAAGAAGAAAGUUAAUGUUUUGGAGUCUGAAUUGGAUAAGUGGAUAGUUGAGAAGAAGUCAGUGGAGGGAAGUUUGAAGGAAUCAGAGAGCAAAUCCAAGGAAAUGGAGGCCAAGAUUACUGAGUUGGAGAAAGAGAUUGAUGAGCCGAAGACGUGA